AUGGGUGAUGGUGGAGCUACCGCAACACCUGUACUGGAGAUGGGGAGGGGAGAUGGAAGGAAGCAGCCGAGCUACCGCAACACCUCUCUGAGCUGGGCCUGGCCACCUUCAUGUCCCUCCACUUCGUCUGUAGGCUGCGGCGUGCCUGCCAUCAGCCCCGCGGUGCAGUACAGCAAGAGGAUCAUCAAUGGGCAAAAUGUGGUGCCUGGCUCUUGGCCCUGGCGAGUGUCCCUGCAGACCUGCUCAGGACCCCACUUCUGCGGCUGCUCUCUGAUCAGUGAGAACUGGGUCCUCACAGCUGCCCACUGCGAGUUCAACCCGUACGCCCACGUCGUUGCUGGGGAAUAUGACCAGCUCUCCGGGACAGAAGCCACUCAGGUGAAGACAGCAGGCAAGGUGAUCCCGCACUCUGGCUGGGAUGCCUACACCUUCAACAACGACAUCACCCUGCUGAAGCUCACCUCACCUGCCCAGCUGGGGCCCAUGUCCCCUGUCUGCCCCCCCGCCAACCUGGCUCUGCCUGCCAACCUCCAGUGUGUCACCACCGGCUGGGGACGCGCCAGCCCUAACUCUAAUAGCAUGGCGCAGCGCCUGCAGCAGGUAGCCCUGCCCUUGAUCUCCCCGAGCCAAUGCACGCAGUACUGGGGCAACCAGAUCCCCACCUCCAUGCUCUGCGCUGGGGGAGUCGGUGCCUCCUCCUGCCAAGGUGACUCUGGGGGCCCUCUCGUCUACCGGGAUGGGAACAUCUGGACCUUGAUUGGCAUCGUCUCCUGGGGAAACAGCAACUGCAACAUCCGUAUUCCUGCAGUCUACACCCGUGUGAGCCAGUUCCGAAACCGGAUCAAUAACGUUGUUGCUUUGGAGUAGAGCCGGCGCUGGAGAGAUCCCUUUGCUGGGCUCUGCUCCCAGGCAAGGGGAGCUCAGCAGAGCUUCCCGGUGCUUCUGGGCCUGCCAGCAAGAAGCUGAGCUGGAAGUCAGGCACCUCACUCCACAGAGUAAUAAAGUGUUU